AUGCUCACCCGGGUCAAGUCCGCCGUGGCCGGAUUCAUGGGUGGGAUCAUGGCCGGGGGCAGUUCCGGCUCCGGAGGGGGCAACCCCGGCUCCGAGCUGCCGCUGAAAUUCCCAUAUAUGAGACCCGAGUUCCUCGGCCUGUCCCCGGAUGAGAUUGAGUGCUCGGCGGACCACAUAGCCCGGCCCAUCCUGAUCCUGAAGGAAACCAGGAGAUUACCGUGGGCCACCGGAUACGCUGAGGUGAUUAAUGCUGGUAAGAGCGCACUAAAUGAGGACCAGGCCUGCUGCGAGGUGGUGGUGGCAAGAAGGAGGCCAAUGAGCUACUGCCCUCCCUCCACGCCCAGCAAGACCCCCACCGCCAAGAGACGCAACUCUCUGCCCAACGGAGAGGGCCUGGGGCUGCGCAUGGAGCACAGCAAACUGGGAGAGGACAGUGAGGGACUGGUAUUCCACUACUGGGCCUUGUUUGAUGGUCAUGCUGGUUCAGGUGCGGCGGUUGUCGCCUCCCGCCUGCUGCAGCACCACAUCGCCUGCCAGCUCCAAGCCGUCAUCGAGAUCUUGCGCAACCUGGCCUCCCCGCCUCCCACCGUGCUGGGGGAAGAGCCCGAUAACAACAACCCCUACCUCCAGGGAAACACCCCGGGCCCUCACCGCGCCCUGACCCGGGCUGCUUCGCUGCGCGGGGCCGCAGGUGCGCCCGGCUCCCCCUGCAGCACCCCGCCACCGCCUCGCUUCUUCAUGGAGAAAAAGAUUCAGCACGAGAGCCUCGUGAUAGGAGCCAUAGAGAACGCCUUCAAAGAGAUGGACGCCCAGAUCGAGAGGGAGAAGCAAGUUUAUAACAUCACAGGAGGAUGCACGGCUCUCACUGUGCUUUACCUGCUGGGGAAACUAUACGUUGGGAAUGCAGGUGACAGCAGGGCCAUCAUCAUAAGGAACAAUGAGAUCGUUCCCAUGUCGACAGAGUUCACGCCAGAAUCAGAGCGACAGCGACUCCAGUUCCUGGGUUUCAUGCAGCCUCACCUGUUAGGAAAUGAGUUCACACACCUGGAAUUUCCCCGGAGAGUCCAGAGGAAGGAGGUGGGCAAGAGGAUGCUCUACCGAGACUUCACCAUGAAUGGGUGGGCCUACAAGACCAUUGAGGAUGAAGAUCUCAAGUUUCCACUCAUAUACGGUGAAGGGAAGAAGGCUCGAGUGUUGGCCACCAUCGGUGUGACCCGUGGGCUCGGUGACCAUGACCUCAAAGUUCACGACUCCAACAUCUACAUCAAGCCCUUCCUCUCCUGUUGCCCUGAGGUGAAGGUGUACAACCUGACGCAGUACGAGCACGGAGCUGACGAUGUUCUGGUGAUGGGAACAGAUGGGCUCUGGGACGUUCUCUCCAACCAAGAAGUAGCUGAAGCCGUCACUACUUUUCUAGCCAACUGUGAUCCUGACGACCUGCACAGGUACACAAUGGCAGCACAAGACCUGGUGAUGCGAGCCCGUGGCGUGCUGAGGGACCGAGGCUGGAGGAUCACCAACGAGCGCCUGGGCUCCGGAGACGACAUCUCGGUCUUCAUCAUACCACUGAUGUACGGCAAUCGUCAGCCCUGAGGAGUCUGACAAAAGGUGCUGCUGUUCAAGGACCCGUAGACUUUUAACACACAAAAGGACAGAGUUAGUCCUGAACUCCAGAAUCCCCCUUUCAGUUUCAUCAGUGCAGUUUGCACUUUUAUUUUCUUCCUUACGCUGAAGUCAACAUGGGACAUGUUGAUUUGUUGGUGCUUCAUUUCUCUAUAGGAGUUCAGGAUUGGUAAACCUCUUAGACACAUGGUAAUUGAAUUUAAUUUUCCUCACAAAUCAAAGAUAAUUUGGCCUGUUACAACUGAUCAAGAAAUGAAGCGAGUGCAGCUCCAUAGGAUGGUGAACUGUUCCUGAACUCCUGCAGAGAUGUGAAAGCUAAAAUAGUCAAACACUUUGACAGAAGUGAAAAACGGACCUCCUCCUUUCUUUCCUUCUCCUUACCUCUCUUGUAAUGCUGUACAGUACUUGGCUUCCCCUUUUUCUACCCUUUCUUUUAGUCCCCUCCUCUCUUUCCUUAUACAGUCAAACUUGUUUAUUUAAAAAAAAGAAAAUACCUCCCUCAUCUCCUGACCAUGGAUGGAUGGACAGAGCUGACAGGUCAGCUGCGUUUUCAGUUUUGCCACAGUGUGGCUUUGAAGGAUUGUUUUUUGUUUUUUUGCUGAAGAACUGCAGCCAGUUUGCUGAACAGAUUACAGAGCUGACAAUGUGGACGCAGAAGAAAAAAGACUUGAAGUUAUCCACCACGUAGCAAGAUGGAUGAGGAACUGUUUUAAUGUUGGGAUAUAAAAACUCAAAGGAGGAUCUGAGCCUGUUUGAAGGGGCACAGUUUGACAUGGUUUAAGAACAAAGUUUAAUAUGAAAAACACCGAAAGAAAAAGUCCGCUGUUAAGUCAUUUAAUCUUAUUCAGUAUCUUGAGUUUGGUUGCACUUAGUUGGUGAUUAGCAGCAUAGUUAUGUUGCUUUAAUUAGUCUCGAUGUCUCAUGAGCUGGCAUUUGUUACUAAAAGAUUUAACUGGUUAAGCAUUUUUUGAAAAUACACCUACUCACUUUUUUGCCAAGAGUUAGAUGAGAAGAUUGAUACCACUGUCAUAUCUGUACGUUAAAGGAGGCUACAGCCAGGCGACUGUUAGCUAACUGUAGCUUAGCAGAAACACUAAGCUAGCUAGUUUUAUUAACCUUUGGACAGAUUUUUAAAAAUUAAGAUGUUAUAGCUGCACUUAAGUUUCUUUAAAUUUAAGUCAUCUACUAAACUUUAAAGAGGUAGGCAUAUAUACUGUAUAUCUAUAUAUAUAGAUAUAUAGAUAUAUUUACCUUUGAACAGAGCCAGGCUAGGUAUUUUCCCCUGCUAAUGGUAUUUAUGCUAACCUAAGCUAAUGGUCUCUGUGCUUUGCUUCAAAUUUAAUGCACAGAUAGGAGAUGGUGUUACUCUCAUCUAAAUCUCUGCAAAUAAGCAAAUUUAUUUCUAAAUUGAACACUGGGUAACACAAAAUUUGUGGAAUUUAAAAUGAUCAAGAAAAACAACACUAGCUAAAUUUCCUAAAAAGUAAAAAAUAGAUUCUUAAGUAGAUGAAAUGACUUGUACAUCAGUGUAGUUGCACUUUAGGCUGACCCAUAUUACUCACUGUGGGGCCAUGAUACAUGUAAUGAUGACAAGACAAAUAUUCCCUGCAGCAGGGAGGAUUAAAUAAAAAUCAUUAAAUACAAUCAAAGUCAAGCUAAUCAAAAGUUCCACAGAGGGGAAAAAACAAAAGCUUCCUUUUGCUUUAACAUGUUUUGCAUGUUUCAUGAGCUUUUAGAUGCUUGAAACAGAUCACAUUUGUCUUUGGAGGAACAGGUUUGGUGAUGAAGAUGUACUGUGCUUGGAUGUAGUUUUUUACUGUCAGUGCAUGCAGUGACAUAUUGUAGGCCUGGGAAUAUGAGUGACGGUGCAAUGGUUUACACUGCUGUUUGUUUUAUGUGGACUGAAUUUACAUUCCUGAUGUAUCAAAGAUUUAGCGAUAAUGUUAUUUGUUUGUAAAUGUGCAGUAACCAUGCAUAUAUUUAUUCGGUUGUUUUUCCUUUAGAAUUAUUAGCAUUCCAAACAUUUAGCAUAAGAGUUAAUGGAUGUGAUUCAUUGUAAAGGAAGGGUUUGAAAUGAAGCAAAAACCUCAUGGCCAGACACGAAACCAAAUGUUUUUUUGCACUUUUUUUCAUCUUGUUGACUGGACUUUAAGAAAGAAAAGCGACUGUCAAGAGUUUAGUUUGUCUUGUAACUGUCGUGGCCUCCGAAACUGAUGUGAUAAUAUGAGCGUUCACCCUUUUCCUCCAUUAUUAUUUUGUAUUCACUGCACAGGCAGCCACAUUGGGUUAAGAUGCAGGAUAUGAAAAAGUAGUCUGGGAGAAGGAGAAACUUACACUUCAGAGAAUCAAUGAGAAAUUUGAUUGUAAGUUGAGAAAAAAAGAGAUUGACAGGAUGAAAUUAAAACAAACAGCAUGUUUUAAAGAAACGAUUUAGUCCUUGACUGAAGAAAUAAACAGUGAUAGAUUUAGAUUUAAUAUUUUCCCCUGUAAUGGAUGUGAAGAGUUUUUGAGUAGCACUGGUUUACUUUAGGUUUGAGUGUAAAGUGGGAAUAUAUCUCCUUACUUUAUGAAACAGAUGAUUGACUGAAUCCAAAGAAGAUCAUUUGGAAAUUGUGCAGUGCCAGGAUGAGGAAGCCAUUGUUGAAGGAGUUGUCUGACAUUUUGGGAAAACACAUUUACUUAUGAAAAGAUUGAUACCACUCUCAGGAAAUGUGAAGCUACAGCUAGCAGCAAUUAAUUAGCUUAGCCUAGCUUAGUAUAGCGACUGGAGAAAGGGUGAAACAGUUUGCCUGACAAAAUUAGCAAGCACCAAUACAAUGGACAAAUUAACACAUUAGAUUUUACUUGUUUGGUCUGUACAAAAAAUGAAGUGUAAAUGAUUGUUUUUAGAUCUCAGUCAGUUAGUUUCAGAGGUGCUGUUUGGUGGAUGUCAUUAGUUUUGGACAGAGCCAAGCUAGCUUUUCCCUUGUUUCUAGUCUUAAUGCUGAGCUAAGCUGCUGGCAUUAGCUUAAUAUUUGGUGCCAGUUCUCUCAUCCACAAUGCAGUUAAAUGUUUUUCUCAAAAUAUCAAACUAUUCUUUUAAGUCUUUCGAUAUGUGCCAUUGUGUUGCAUGGGCUAUUUAUCAUCUUAGCUUGGACUUUUUUGCCAUCGACAAUUAUUAUCUACAUUCCUCUUACAAGCAGCAGUCAUUUACAUUUACCUGAAGUUCAUAUGGUGCACUUUUUCCUCUUGUACAUUCCAUGAAAGAAAUAUUUAAUUUGAAAAUUAUGUAUUGUAAUAUAUGUCAUUGUUAUGUGCUGUUGUAGCUGCUGAGUUACAUCUGUUCUUCCAUCAUAUAAGCUAUUUGACUUUUUUUUUCAAACUUGUUCUCUAUUUAAUAAGUUAUUGAAUUUUUAUUUUAGAUUUACUUUUUGAAAUCAAAACUGUCCUGCCGCCAUCUAAGCUUUGUCUUAACAUGUGCCCCAGUUCAAAACUGCAAAUUCAAACAACUUCAAAUGACUUCUUCCAACAUAGACCAAGUGUUUUGAACUGUGAGCUUGUAAAGACAAAGUUUGAAUGAGGCACCAGAAUAUCUGUGUUGAAUGUUCAUCCUUAGACCUGUCAUUAAGCCUUUUCUAUUAGAUGAAUGUCAAAGAAUUAAUAUAUAUUUUAUUUUUCUCAUCCUACUGUGCCACCCAACUGCUGCACAUCAACUCAGGUUCAACUAUCAUGUAGUUAAACUGGACAAGCUGUUAAAGAGUGGUUGUCUAAGGAUAGAGGAGUCCUUCAUGAUGGUUUAUCAAGUUCCACUACAUUUGGAAAUUAAUGUGAGUGGAUUGGUGAGUAAAAGAAGCUCGUAGACUUGAAAGUUUGCUUUGUCCCUUCAGCCUGACUGUAUGUUUCCCUUACUGAAGUUGCUAUAUUGUUUAAGUAGUCACUGCUGUUGUUUUUUUCUACCUUUGACUAUAGGGCUCAUUAAGGGAAAAUGAGAAGAACUUGGAGGUUUUUUCUGUAGCAAAGAGGAAGUUUGAGCCCAUUUGGGAACCAUUUUUAAGUGACCAUUGUGCUACCCUCAACCUCUGUUUGUGAAUGUGAAAUGUACAUUUUGUAUAAGAGAAAAUUAACUUAUGAAGUCAAAAAGAAAUAUUUUUAAUGUUUCUUUGUGCAACUUUGACUUUGGGGAGGAGGGAAGCAAUGUUUACCUUUAGUGUUUACCUUUUCCAGAAAUGAAAAAAGGACAAUAAAUGUUAAAGAUCAA